AACACCACUUACGCUGGGCCUGACAAUGGAUGGUCAAUGUUGGGUCUCCUCGACGUUGGUAUCCAAGUAUGCACGACUUUGCAUCCAAAGCACCUUGCACUCGAAUGAUGUUGUUUCGUAGGAUUUUUACGAGCGACUCGUUGAUCACAUCUUAAAUAUAUCUCAUGUCCAUUUCCAACAGAUUCACCGAGAGGGCGCAGAUCCAUCUGGAAAAAGCAACCUCAAGUUCGCGAGAAUCAAGCGAGCACAUCUGGCGGCCUCGUGUACAUGAUGAUCCGGAUGUUUGUCUUGAUUGCUUUAAAGUCAAUCGCAGUCAUGUAACUUGCCCUUGUGGACGAACCUGGGUUUGUGAGCCAUGUGCUCAGAAAGAAAUUCAGAGGAGCGGUCGACGUUGUCCGGGAUGUCAGACGUUUGAUUGCUUCGAAGGCCCGUGUAGACAUAUCCGUGCACGCACGGAGUGUCGAAAGACAACACUAUGCAAAGAUUGCGCGGAGGAAGAUAUACCCGACGAGGAAGGGCUUUCACUGUCAAACAAGGGUGUAGUCCUCGUGACGGGAUGCAAAUUAUUAUCCUGCGGGGUUUUGUGCCAUGGCUAACGCUCAUUGCCAGGAAUACAUAGACGAUUUUGACGAAGAUUGCAUGGAGUGUGGGGCACCUUUGUGUCCGAACUGGCCGGAGUAUAAAUGACAGCUCGGAGUAAAAUGUCUUGAAUGAAGCACCGGUUCUUGGAAUGGCAGCAGGGUUUGUUUUAGUAGGUCCAGAGAUCACGUUGCCAGCGCACGAUGAGGGCAACCUCAAAACCAGGGAGAAGGAAUGCAAUUCAUAAUCGGUGUG